AUGGCUCUGAAUUCUUCAGCUUUCUUCGUCCCAUGUCACAAUUACAAUCAAAUUUGUGAUCUUCUUCUCUCUUCAGCUCGAACAAGAUCGACUGUGAAAGGGCUUCAGCUUCAUGGCUACGUCGUUAAAUCAGGCCUUUCUCUUAUCCCUCUCGUCGCCAACAAUCUCAUUAAUUUCUACUCCAAAUCACAGCUUCCGUUUGAUUCACGGCGAGCUUUUGAAGAUAGCCCACAAAAGAGUGCGACGACUUGGAGUUCAAUCAUCUCUUGUUUUGCUCAGAACGAGCUUCCAUGGAUGUCUCUUGAGUUUCUUAGGAAAAUGAUGGCCGGAAACCUUAGGCCUGAUGAUCAUGUUCUUCCGUCAGCUACCAAGUCUUGUGGGAUUUUGAGCCGUUGUGAUAUUGGGAGAUCGGUUCAUUGUCUAUCGAAGAAGACUGGGUACGAUGCUGAUGUGUUUGUGGGGAGCUCUUUGGUUGAUAUGUACGCGAAAUGUGGAGAUAUUGUUGAUGCGAGGAACAUGUUCGACGAAAUGCCUCUCAGAAAUGUGGUUACUUGGAGUGGGAUGAUGUAUGGGUAUGCGCAAAUGGGUGAAAAUGAGGAAGCUUUAUGGUUGUUUAAAGAAGCUCUGUUUGAGAAUCUAGCUGUUAAUGAUUACUCGUUUUCGACUGUUAUUAGUGUCUGUGCCAAUUCGACUCUUCUUGAGUUAGGUAGACAGAUUCAGGGAUUGUCUAUUAAGUCCAGCUUUGACUCGUCUAGCUUUGUGGGUAGUUCAUUAGUCUCGCUGUAUUCCAAGUGUGGUGUUCUCGAAGGAGCAUAUAAAGUUUUCCACGAGGUGCCUGUAAAGAAUCUCGGGAUUUGGAACGCGAUGCUAAAGGCGUGUGCACAACACUCGCAUACUCAAGAAGUUAUCGAAUUGUUCAAACGGAUGAAACUAUCUGGUAUGAAACCAAAUUUCAUAACUUUUUUGAACGUGCUCAAUGCUUGUAGUCAUGCGGGGUUAGUCGAUGAAGGAAAAUACUACUUUGAUCUGAUGAAAGAAUCCAGAAUCGAGCCGACAGAUAAGCAUUAUGCUGCCUUGGUGGAUAUGUUGGGACGAGCUGGUAAACUAGAAGAAGCACUCGAAAUUAUCAAGAAUAUGCCAAUCAAUCCCACAGAAUCUGUCUGGGGAGCUUUAUUAACAAGUUGUACAAUCCACAAAAAUACAGAGCUUGCAGCAUUUGCAGCUGACAAGGUCUUCGAAUUAGGACCUGUGAGUUCCGGUAUGCACAUUUCGUUAUCGAAUGCCUAUGCAGCCGAUGGAAGAUUCGAAGACGCAGCCAAAGCUAGAAAAUUGCUUAGAGACCGAGGGGAAAAGAAGGAAACAGGGCUAAGUUGGGUUGAAGAAAGAAACAAAGUUCAUACAUUUGCAGCAGGAGAAAGACGCCAUGAGAGAAGCAAAGAAAUAUAUGAGAAGCUGGCUGAGUUAGGAGAAGAGAUGGAGAAAGCAGGUUACGUUGCAGACACGAGCUUUGUUCUGAGAGAAGUAGACGGAGACGAGAAGAAUCAGACCAUAAGGUAUCACAGCGAGAGAUUAGCUAUUGCUUUUGGACUGAUCACGUUCCCUGCUGAUAGACCAAUCCGGGUGAUGAAGAAUCUGCGUGUUUGCGGCGAUUGCCAUAACGCAAUCAAGUUCAUGUCCAUAUGUACAGGACGAGUGAUCAUUGUGAGAGACAACAAUCGUUUUCAUCGGUUCGAAAAUGGCAAGUGUUCUUGUAAUGACUAUUGGUGAAGAAGAGACGUAAGAAUUGGUUUAUUUUUUUGAAACAACGGCUACUUCUUGUUAUUGAUCAUCAUUUGUUGUAGGAUGAAAUCACUAAAUAUUAAAGUUAAACAAUCGAUUUCUUUUUCGUUC